AUGACAUUCCAGCCUGAACAUUGGACCGCCGUCAGGGUCCGCGAGACUUUCAUCUCGUAUUUCCGCGACCAGUUCGGACACACCUUCGUCCCCUCUUCUUCCACCAUCCCCCACGAUGACCCUACUCUUCUCUUCGCCAACGCAGGAAUGAACCAAUACAAGCCCAUCUUCUUGGGAACUAUUGACCCCAACACAGAAUUCGGAAAGCUCACUCGUGCCGUCAACUCGCAAAAGUGUAUUCGUGCUGGAGGAAAGCACAACGACUUGGAAGAUGUCGGAAAGGAUACCUACCAUCACACCUACUUCGAGAUGUUGGGCAACUGGUCCUUCGGCGACUACUUCAAGGUUGAGGCCAUUGAUAUGGGAUGGAAGUUGUUGACCGAGGUCUACGGCCUCCCCAAGGAUCGUCUCUAUGUCACCUACUUUGGCGGUGAUGAGAAACAGGGACUUGCCCCCGAUCUGGAGGCUAGGGAGCUCUGGCUCAAGGUCGGAGUCCCCGAGAACCGCAUUCUUCCCGGUAGCGCAAAGGAUAACUUCUGGGAGAUGGGUGAACAGGGUCCUUGCGGUCCUUGCUCAGAGAUUCACUACGACCGCAUUGGAGGUCGUGAUGUUGCUCACUUGGUCAACGAGGAUGAUCCCAACGUCAUCGAGGUCUGGAACUUGGUUUUCAUGGCCUUCAACCGGGAGGCCGAUGGCUCUCUCCGUCCUCUCCCCAACAAGCACAUUGAUACCGGAAUGGGUUACGAGCGUCUCGUCUCGAUUCUUCAGGAUAAGCCCUCCAACUACGACACCGACGUGUUCCAGCCUAUCUUCGCUGCCAUCCAGGAGGUCACCGGAGCUCGCCCUUACACUGGAUUGUUGGGCGCUGAGGACAAGGACGGCAUCGACAUGGCCUACAGAGUCAUUGCCGAUCACGUCCGUACCCUUACCUUUGCCAUCUCGGACGGUGGUGUCCCCAGCAACGAGGGACGUGGCUAUGUCCUCAGACGUAUUCUCCGUCGUGGUUCCCGCUAUGCCCGCAGAAAGUUUGGCGUCCAGAUUGGAACCUUCUUCUCGUCCCUCGUCGACACUGUCUUGCGCGAGUUUGGCGAUGCCUUCCCCGAGAUCCGCAGCCGUGUUGCUGAUGUCAAGGAGAUCUUGAACGAGGAGGAGGAGGCUUUCUCUCGCACCUUGGAUCGCGGUGAGAAGUUGUUCGACGGCUACUUGCAGAAGGCUCUUGAGGCCAAGGCCACCCACUUGUCCGGAGCUGAUGUCUGGCGCCUGUACGAUACCUACGGUUUCCCCGUUGAUCUGACCCGCUUGAUGGCCGAGGAGAACGGCAUCUCGGUCGAUGAGGAGGAGUUCUCGAAGCAGCAGGAGGCCGCCAAGGCCCUCAGCAGAGCUGGCAAGGGUUCCGGCGCUGGCGCUGGAGAGACUGUCGCCUUUGAUGUCCACGACAUUGCUGCUGUUGAGGCCAAGGGUACUGUCCCCAAGACCGACGAUUCGCACAAGUACAAGUCUGGCAACAUCAACGCCCAUAUCAAGUUGAUUUACCGCAACCACGAUUUCCCUCAGGACACCUCGUCGAUCGAGGAGCAAAAGUCAUUCGGUAUUCUCUUGGACCGCACCAACAUGUACGCUGAGCAGGGAGGACAGGAGUACGAUACCGGUAGCAUUACCGUCGAUGGCAAGGCCGAGUUUGUUGUCGAGAACGUCCAAGUCUACGGUGGAUACGUCUUGCACACCGGAUACCUCAAAUACGGAACCCUCGCCGUCAACGAUGAGGUCGUCGUCCAGUUCGACGAGCUUCGCCGCUGGCCUCUCCGUAACAACCACACUGGAACUCACGUGUUGAACUAUGCUCUUCGCGAGGUUCUGGGCAACGUUGUUGACCAGAAGGGUUCUUUGGUCGCUCCCGAGAAGCUCCGUUUCGACUUUACAUGCAAGAACGGUAUGACUCCCCAGCAGAUUCACGAGACUGACUUGAUUGUCACCGACUUUAUCAAGCGCAACUUGGCUGUCUACUCUCAGGAGGUCCCCUUGGCUGUUGCCAAGUCGAUCAACGGUCUCCGUGCCGUUUUCGGUGAGGUCUACCCCGACCCCGUCCGUGUUGUCAGCAUUGGAUAUGACGUCAACGACAUCUUGAAGGAUGUUUCCAACGAGAAGUGGACCAAGACCUCGAUCGAGUUCUGUGGUGGUACCCAUGUCGCCAAGACCUCGGACAUCAAGCAGUUCGUGAUCAUUGAGGAGACCGGUAUUGCCAAGGGUAUCCGUCGUAUUGUCGCCGUCACCGGCGAGGAGGCCCACCAGGCUGAGCGUGUUGCCAACGAGUUCGAGCAGAAGCUCAACCACGUCGGAUCUGGUGCCCUUUCGAGCAACGAGCUCGAGUCCCAGCUCAAGGUCUUGUCGAAGGAGCUCGACGAGAUUUUCAUCUCUGCCUACCGCAAGUCUGUCCUCAAGGAGCGCUUCGCUGGUAUCAAGAAAGCCUUUGACGAUGCCGACAAGGCCCGCAAGGCCAAGCAGGUCAAGGACUCUGUCGAUCAGGUCAAGAACUACUUUGAGAAGAACCCCGAUUCCAAGGUCUUUGUUGCCCUCUUGGACGUUGGCUCGAACGCCAAGGCCACCGGAGCUGUUGUGACACACGUCAAGACCAACUUGAAGGACAAGGCUGCCUAUGUCUUCUCUGUCGACGAGACCAACGGCAAGGUCUCCCACGCCUGUGUUGUCGGACAGGAGAUCCUCAGUGGAUCGAGCGGCUUGAAGGCCACCGAGUGGGCCGACGUAGUCGUCAAGGUCAUUGGUGGUCGCAAGGGUGGCAAGGACGACUCUGCCCAGGGUGCUGGUGAGCAUGCCGAGAAGGUCCAGGAGGCCCUCGACCUCGCCAAGCAGUUUGCCGAGUUGAAGUUGAACUAG